AAGUUACAUCAACAAGAAUGAUGGGCUUGGGACAUGAGCAAGGCUUUGGAGCCCCCUGUUUAAAAUGCAAAGAAAAAUGUGAAGGAUUUGAACUGCAUUUCUGGAGAAAGAUAUGUCGUAACUGCAAGUGUGGCCAAGAGGAGCAUGACCUCCUCCUGAGCAACGAAGAGGACCGGAAAGUGGGGAAGCUCUUUGAAGACACCAAGUACACCACCCUGAUCGCGAAGCUGAAGUCGGACGGAGUCCCCAUGUACAAGCGCAACGUGAUGAUCCUGACCAACCCAGUGGCCGCCAAGAAGAAUGUGUCUAUCAACACCGUCACCUAUGAGUGGGCUCCUCCUGUCCAGAACCAGGCGCUGGCCAGGCAGUACAUGCGGAUGCUGCCCAAGGACAAGCAGCCGGUGGCGGGUUCCGAGGGCGCGCAGUACCGGAAGAAGCAGCUGGCCAAGCAGCUCCCGGCGCACGACCAGGACCCUUCCAGGUGCCACGAGUUGUCUCCCAAGGAGGUGAAGGAGAUGGAGCAGUUUGUGAAGAAAUACAAGAGUGAGGCUCUGGGAGUCGGAGACGUCAAACUUCCCUCUGAGAUGGAUGCUCAGGGUCCCCAAAGAACGUGCCUCCCCAGCGGGGACAGAAGCACCCCAGCAGCAGCGGGGGCCGUGGGGGACAAGCCUGCAGAACACAGAAAGCCCCAGUAUUCCUGCUAUGGCUGCAAACUAAACAUGAAAGAAGGGGACCCAGCCAUCUACGCGGAACGGGCUGGCUACGAGAAACUGUGGCACCCCGCCUGCUUCGUCUGCAGCGCCUGUGCUGAGCUCCUGGUUGACAUGAUUUAUUUCUGGAAGAAUGGGAAGCUGUACUGUGGCAGGCAUUACUGUGACAGUGAGAAGCCCCGGUGUGCUGGCUGUGACGAGCUGAUCUUUAGCAAUGAGUACACUCAGGCAGAAAACCAGAAUUGGCAUCUGAAGCAUUUCUGCUGCUUUGACUGUGACAGCGUCCUCGCCGGGGCAGUAUACGUGAUGGUUAACGACAAGCCUGUGUGCAAGCCGUGCUACGUGAAGAACCAUGCUGUGGUGUGCCAGGGCUGCCACAACGCCAUCGACCCGGAAGUGCAGCGGGUGACCUACAACGGCUUCAGCUGGCACGCGUCCGCAGAGUGCUUCCUGUGCUCGUGCUGCAGCAAGUGCCUCAUGGGGCAGAAGUUCAUGCCUGUGGAGGGCAUGGUGUUCUGCUCGGCGGAGUGCAAGAAGAGGAUGUGCUAGGAGAGCAGCGGAGGGCGGCGGGCGGCUCCGAGCCAGCCCAGCCAGCGCGGCCUGCCUUGCUACUGCAAAAUGCCACUCGAAGAAAAUAAAAAGAAUAUAAUAAAAGCAACCAGAAGAUUUUACUUUUCCUAGCAGAUUUUUCUAUCUUAACUUCAAAAAUCUUCAUUAAACAUUUGAUUUUAAAAAUAAAGGUGACCUCUAGUUUUCCGUAACUUCCUAAAUGGGAAGUCUUGGAAUUGGAAGCUUGACUGCGUCCCUGCACCGCUGGUGCCAAGACAGUUUGUACAAAGGCAAGGUUGGCGUCUUGGAUGGAAAGAAGGCCAUUUCUAAGUUUACAUUCUUUCUGUUCUUUCAUGUAUGAAAUUAAACUUGUCCUGAUGCCGAGGCCUUACGCACUGAGUGCUUGGUCUUGCUCACCGAGCUUGUAGUGCGGAGGGAGCCCGGAGCUUGCACACGCACAGUGCACCUCUUCAGCAGGGAACACGAAGCGUAGUGCCGCAGGUAGAGCUGUUCUGGCGCCCCUUCGCUGGCUUUGCUGACUUAGGCAAAGGUGGCGUCGUCUUUGUCCCGUUUCUCUGUACUGUGCUUGAC